CAUAAUGAUGCCUUCCGAAUUAAUGAAUGCUUGGCUUGAGCGUUUGAAAAAACUUCGGAGUCGAAUGGAUAAGUCUGAACGGGCAAAUCGGCAAGAACUAUAUAAAGAGCAUCACCGUAAGAAACUUAAUCCAAAAGAAAGAAUUAGACAGGAGCUUAAACGAGAGGAAGCAGAAAAGUUAUUAGCCCGACAAAAAGCAGAAGAAAAUAAUGAACGAAAAAGAUUCUGGAAGUACUUUGCAGAGUCAGUUGAGAAAUGGAAAAAGAAGCAAGAAAAAAAAUUAAAAAGAUCUGACGUCGCAUUCACCGCGAGUGUUGUCACUGCUGCAGAUGGAGAAGUUGUUUCAAUUGAUGCAGAGUCUAGAUUUUAUAGAGAUGCCCAAUUCUUUACAAUAUCA